AUGUCGACUGGACUAAGACAGCGCGCGAAUUCGAACUCGAUCAAAAGCAAUUCGGUUCGAACUACAGACGUCAAACUUAAACCCCCAACGCCGGGCCAAGAUGAAUUCGCAUUCGAGCCCUGUGCGGCCACCGGCUCCUUCCUGCUCUAUGCGCAACGGAACGUGAUCUUAUGCCUCCAUCACGACACUUUGGCAGUAGAGAGACGCUUUGACAGGCACCGGGAAGAUGUGUCGUGGAUAUCAGUCGACACAACAAGCGAACGAGGAGCAGGUCGGUUGGUCGUCUCCUACGACGCCGGCUCGACUGCAAUUGUUUGGGAUCUGUUCACCGGCGACGAGGUGGCGAGGUUUGCGUCGUACGAGCAAAUUAGAGUUGCGACGUGGAUGAGGAACGGCAAUGUUGCUUUUGGAAAUGCGCAGGGCAACAUCAUCCUGUUCGAGCCUUCCACCUCUGAACACCUGUCCGCGAGAACCAUCUUCGACCCCAUCACAGCAUUAGCACCAGCUUCAGACUGCAGAACAUUUGCCAUUGGAUACCUCAAUGGCUCCAUUCUAAUCGCCACCCUGCAGCCAUCCUUCACCAUCCUGCACACCCUCACCACCCCGCGUAACCCAUCGCCUAUCGCAGGUCUAGCCUGGCAUGGCUCUUCAUCCAAGCAAAAGUCGGAGAUGUUGGCCGCCCAAACAUCUGACGGCGACCUCCGGGUAUGGAGCGUGCCAAAGGCCCAGCAUGGCAGCGAUGCCCCUUGCGUGAUUCGUGUUCUUAACCAAAAGGAACAGAGAGAACCCGGCCCCUGUUGGUUUGCAUGGUCUAAGAAUGGUAGAAUCGUACAGUACACCGAAGGUCAAACCUGCGCAUGGGAUGUCCGCACCAAGAGAGUGUCCUAUGAAACCGUGCCAACAACUGAUGGCAUCGCUGCCAUCUGCAAUUACGGCCCUACUGCCACCCUCUUCACCAUUGGACGUAAUUCCAGUAUCCAACAAUACGACAUUAACCCCAGCAACGGUCCCGCCACAAUGGUAGCUAACGUUCAGCAUGCACCCGCCAACACACCCCCAUCACCACCCAGCUCUCUCGACGAACAGAAGCAGCAAAUGGAGACACCGCUAACUGCUCUCCCAUCAAAGUCCAAGACAAUCCCGUUGAUGCUUGCCGAAUCAGAAAGCAGUGCCGAUGAAGGUGUUGCCAUGUCGCCGCUCCAGAAGAUCGCUAUGGAAAUGGACCAGCUCGAAGAGGAACGCCGCGAUCGCGUUGGGCCCCUCAGUCCCGUAUCAAGUCGAGGCUCUCAAAGCUCCCGAUCAUCUGGCAGUGGUCGUGCUCCACGCUACCGAUAUGACAGGCCGUCGCACGGUUCGGCGUCACAGCGGUCAACUAAAUCGAAGAGAUCAGAAAGCUCAGGUGGCUCUGGUACCAUCUUCUCGUCCGGAACAUCUUCUAUGGCCGGCACUUCAACGCGGGAGAGCGUUUCCAUCCGAUCAAUCUCAUCAGCUGCAUCCUCGUCUCGGUACGGUUCUUCAGCUCUGCGGAAGGAAGUCCUUAGAAGUCCCGACGAAUCCAAGAAGAAUCAGCACAUGGAUCUCUUUCCUUUCACUAAAACCAGGCUUAGUGACGUACCCUUUCGCCCUACAGAUCUUGGACCAGAACGUACCCCGGACGAUCUUCGACUGAACAUGCUCAAGGUUGUGUUCGGGUGGGAACAAGACAUUGAGGAUUUGGUUCAGGACGAACUGGCACGUCAUCCUCCUGGGUCGGCCGCUGCUGUACUUUUGUCAAAGUGGCUCGGCGAUCUUGGUGCUGACCUCAUGGCUUCUAUGGUUGGAUCUGAGUCAAUGACUUCCUCUGACUGGAUGUUGCUGGCUUUGAGCAACAUGGGACAUGGUUCACAAAAGAAGGUCGGUGAGGCCUUCGUGCAGCGUCUUCUGGAGAAGGGCGACAUCCACCCUGCCGUCGCAAUCUUCCUCGGACUUGGUGAACACAAUGACGCUAUCGAGGUCUACGUGUCUCGCAAAUAUUACAUGGAGGCCAUUCUACUGACCUGCUUGACAUUCCCAACUGACUGGCAAAGACAAUCCUUCCUGGUCAGGAAAUGGGGAGAGCAUGCAGUAUCACACGGCAAGGCAGAAUUAGCAGUGCGAUGUUUCUCGUGUAUGGGUCUCGAAACUACUGAGCCUUGGUUCUCGCCACGUGCGCAAGAUGCAGUUUUCUCUGCGCAGAAGCAGGCGCUCCUUGGCUCCCAGAUGAGUCCGCCAUUGUCGCCCCCUAGUGGCAGUGUUGGCAGUAGCCGAGUAGCGGCUAGGAUGGCCUCGCUCAAGCUCGUCACUGACUUCACUCGCGGUCCCCAGCCUAAACAAAUUGUCCGAGAAGAGGACGAGAAGACACCCAUGAACGCGGGUGUCACGCCUAUCGCUGAGUCAGCUAUCAGUCCUGCUGUAGGCCAUCACGGCUGGCUUGGCCGUGCUGCCCGCGAUCCCUCCCGAGAGCCUUCUUCCGCACGAACUGCGACACCAGGUUCAUACGGUAGAAAACGUUUCCCUUCGCGAUCUGAUACUGGCCGCAAAGCUACGAACAACGAAGUCCUCGCAUCAUUGGCCAUUCCGGACCGAGGCCACCGUGGUGAGUCGCAUCCGAGAACCGCUGUUGACAACAUCGGCCGUGAAGCUGAGACGUUGCCAUUCUCAACGCGUCGAGCAACAAGUGGCUCCAAAGAUUUUGUUCUCUCUGCAACAACGUUCAACCCCGGGCAAUCCAGUGACCAUCUACCUUCACCAGCAGUAGGGGUGUUCGAUGCACUCAAGGAGAAACAUAGCGAGUCUCGUGGUAGCUCUCGAAGUCGGAACAUUCAAGAGCUCCAUCUGGACAUGACAGACAAUGUAGUCGAAGUCGGCCCGGAAACAGGAUAUACCAACAGACUUAGCCCACCUCUGACCGGAACAAGCAUUAAGAGUGCUAAGGCGCGCAGCAUCGACCAAUACAUCAGCAGCCUAGACGAAGCUAAUCACUAUGCGCAGAACCGCUCUAACUCGCGCAAUGAGGAAAGGCCUGCUUCACGCACAGCGCGCACUCGCAGUCGCAACCGCGAAGAAUCGCAGAACCGUGGGCGGUCAGGUAUCCGCUACAUCCGCCCUGCAAAGCGUUCUCCUUCCUCGCCUGUCCCAAUGUCUCCAGAGGAUGCGGGGAUCUAUUCUGUGAACAAGAAAGAAGCAGGGACUAGCACGGAAGAUUUCGAUGAUGAGAGGUUUUAUAAGAUGAGCGUUGCUUCUCCAGUUGUUACAGAGUCUGUCGCCAGCACCCGCACCACUCGCAGCCGAGCAAGACAAGGAGUAAGCAAGACUAGGUCAUCCUCCAAGACGGCUACACGCCGUAAUGAGUCUCCGGAAGGAACCACGCGUGCUCGAAGCAAAGGCACCAGCCGCGCAUCAAGUCGUCGCCCAGCUGAAGGCCGCGGACGAAGCGCUGUUCGGGGCGAAAACUCUCCUGUAUCUCCUCAACCCAUGCAACGCGACGACAAUGAGGGAUUUGUCGACUAUGAACCUGUUCGCCCACGGCAUCGCAGCGGCAGCCGCAGACCUUCAGGAAGCGGUGCAGACAGUCGCCGAGAAGCCUCCCCAGAGCGCCGUGUGCCACGGGACCGAUCAAUGAGUCGUAGACCUACGCCGGCUCUAAGGGAAUCCAGCCGAACAAGGGGUCACGGACGGGAUGCUUCUCCUGAGUCGUUGACUUCAGGACGUUCUGGUGUAUCGCGCAUGCGUCCUACCACAGCUUCAAGAAAGGCUUUAGCUGCUCGUGAGCUAGAAGAACGCAGGCUGUCGUUGGCUCGGCGUCCAUCCGCUCCACUCAUCCCUCAUCCUGGAGAUCUCGCAUUCCGACCAAUCUCUCACGAGCGGUCUAAUACUGAUGACAUGCUGAACUCAAUGUCGAUGUAUCGUGAUCCCAUUCAGAGAAGCCAAACGGCGGACCCGGAGAUGACUAAGAGAUAUUCACCUACCAACAGGAUGGGUGGUGCAGGACCAACAUCGACAACAUCUGUACCCAUUGGCCUUCCAGCGAACCCCCGCGCCAUGCGUCAUCCCCGAUACAUGACCGCCGACCCGAACGAAGAGGAUGAUAUCCCUGCGGUGCCUACCAUCCCUGACAAUAUGCAACACCAACAAUCUCAGUCCGGCGAGACUGACGACAUUGGGCCUCUCCUUCCUGCAACCACUUUUGGUCAGCCAAUCGCGCCCCCCUCACGAUCUGUGUCAGCACCUCCGCAAGACAUACUCCCAUCCAGUUCAUACAACUCGCCUACCUACCCUUCCAUAGGCAGACGUCCCUCUCUAGGUGGAUCUCGUGGUCAUGCUCGACAGAACACGAUGCCCGAUGUCCUUCCUCAGACCAACUACAAGCGUCACAGCCCGCCUCCGAUCACAGCUAGCAUUGCUGAGACGAUCCACGAAAGCCAGAAUCAGGACAACCAAGUUAUAGUUAUCGACGCAGAAGACCAUGGUCGUGCACCGCCUCUACUAUCUCAGCUCCAGCACCUAGCAACCCCACCGCCGCCACCUCCACCACCGCUCAACCUCGGAGGUGGCAACGGCAUUGGCAUGAUCAACAUUGCCAUUGAGGGCAACAGCCCAGGCGAGAAGCCCUUGGAAGUCUCGCCCACUCAAGCUUCUGCUACUGGAUCUCCACACGCUCACCGACGGGGUCGCGGCAGCGUGAGCGAAAACCUCGGUAUGACAUUCAAGCGCGUAACUGAACGCAUGCGUAGCACCAGCCGUGGGCCCCAGCGCGCCAAAUCUCCACCGGUCAACCGCGCUGAGCGGUCUCCUUACGAGAGUGUUCCUGAAUUCUCUUUCCCACGUGGACCAAACACGAGAUCUCCUCCCGGUGAUAACAACAUGGGUAACCACCAUGAGUCGUACUUCAACCAGAUCCCCCCUCCGCCUCCACCUCCACCGCAGCCUAUGGAGCAGGUCAUCCCUCCCACUGAGAAUGGUCAGCCAUUUUAUAGGCAUCCCAAGGAGCUGAGGGCCAACAUGCCACCCAAUACGUUACAAGCUGGCGUAUACCAGAGCGGCGAGCACACACCCAUGAUCUAA